AUGGAUUAUCAGUUUGCAAGAAAUACCGGAAAUACACUGACCACAAGAGACAAACAACAAACCGACAAGCACAAUCAACUCUCGCCCCAUUUUUUCGAACAAAAUGGAAUUUCACCGAACUCACAACUCUACUGUAGGACAGGCAAGUUACCAUUCCCUGUUUCAAACGGGCACCAAUCCAGUCCUCUCUAUGAUCGGAGCAACAACUAUUUCCAACCACAACAUGCAAGCCAAUUAGCACCACAACAUCAACAACAGUAUCAAAUGCAACAAAUGGCUCAACGACAACAGCAGCAACAACAACAGCCCCACCAAUUACAGCAACAAUCUUGUAGAGAAAAUGAAAACAAGCCGAUGUAUCAGAUGCAGCAACCACAACAGCAACCACAACAGCCACAACAACCGCAAAACAACAUACAAAGUUCGUCUAGAAACCAAGCAGGAUAUUACGAACCGGCGUCUAACGUCAACAGUGCCACAACUAUGUCUUAUGACACGGCAGCUUCAGCAGCUAGCCAGCAGAGCCAUCAACAACCACAACAUCAACAGCAGCAGCAUCAACAGCUGCAACAAGGAAAUACUCCGACCCAGCAAUGGAUGGGUUAUUGUGCUGCCACUGGAAAUUAUUACAGCGCUGCUGGUGGGAACAAUAACGCUUCAGUUGUCGUUCAAAAUCCUCACCAGCUGCCACAGCAUCACCUGCAACAACAUCAGCUGCAACAACAACAGCACAUGCAACAGCUGCAGAUGCAACAACAAAUACAGCAGCAAAUGCAGCAGCAACACCGCAUCGCCGCUCAACAGCAAUCGCCACCACAGCAGCCCCAAGCUGUGCAGCAGCGCCAGCAAAUGUCUCAACAACAACAGCCAGCACAACUUCAGCAAGCAAUUGUUAAUUCAGUCAAUUCACAGCUGCAACAGCCACUACAAACACCUACUCAGCAGCAAAUGAAUCAUUACAACGAGCAGAUGUACCAGAUGAAUCCACAAGCUCAAGUGAUGUACGACCAAAACUACUACCAAUACCAGCAGCAACAGCAGCAGCAGGCACAGCAGCAACCCCAACCGCAACAGGUCCAACACGUCGUAGCACAGCAGCAACAACAACAUCACGCGGUAGCUCAACAACAACCACAGCAGCCGCAGCAGCAACUGUCGCAGCAGUCUCAACAGAUGCCCACCCAUGAACAAUCACAUCCACAGCAGGUUUCCUGUGGUAACUACUGCAAUCCCGGAGGUAAUGUAUCAGUAUUCUUAUAA